AAAGACACAGAGCCCACUCUACUCCUCCUCUCUUCUGCACCCCAUCAUACUCACCACCACUCUACCCAUCCGUCCCGAAAGAAAAGCUUUCAAAAAAUUGCUCCGAUUUACAAUUUGCUGAGCAAUAGCGGGCAUGCCACGCUGCGACCGAAACAAGGAUUCGAGGAGAACAUGGAAAAAAUGCCUUCACUUUUACAAAUGCACUUUAUAUUUAUUCAUCUUUAGUCUGGAACUAAACAGCAGCGUUUCAGAGCCUGUGAAUGGUGAUGUGUUUGUGUUCUUCCACGAGGGGGCUCAGGGCUGUCUAGGGGUGCAGGGUCACUCCCUGUCCCUGUCCGAGUCUUGCGAGGAUGACGCCCAGAAGUGGAAGUGGGUGACCAGGGGCCGGCUCUUCAACCUAGGCUCCUCUCUGUGCCUGGGCCUGACAACAGGCAACUACAGCUCCAGGGAGGACGCCUCACCACUGGGCGUCUACCCCUGUGACAGAGAGCCUCCAGGGGUCCGAUGGACCUGGUACUGUGUCCAUGUGUUGGAGAACCUCAACCUGUACAUGCCGUCACCCUCGCACCCUGUUAACCCCUCCGCUAACUCCUCAGUGGUGGCCUCGGAUGUCAAGCCCCCACGGGAGGGGCUCAAGUGGAGGCUCUUUGGGGACGAUCAGGACCUUUGUUCUAGGGCCUAUCGUGAGAUCUAUACUAUCCAGGGGAACUCUCACGGUCGGCCCUGCUACCUGCCCUUCAUGUACGAUGGCCAGUGGUUCCACAACUGCACCAGUAUUGGCAGAGAGGACGGUCACCUGUGGUGUGCCACCACCUUCGACUAUGCCAAGGACGAACGCUGGGGCUUCUGUCCUGUUAAGAGCAAUGACUGUGAGACGUUCUGGGACACAGACCCCCUGACAGACAGCUGCUACCAGUUCAACUUCCAGGCCACCCUGUCAUGGAGCGAGGCUCGCAUCAGCUGCCAACAGCAGAGGGCUGACCUGCUCAGUAUCACCAAGCUGCAUGAGCAGACCUACAUCAACGGUUUGCUGACUGGUUACAGUGCUGCUCUGUGGAUCGGUCUGAAUGACCUGGACAUCAGCGGAGGUUGGCAGUGGGCUGACUCCUCCCCGCUCAAAUACCUCAACUGGGAGAACGACCAGCCGAGCCAUGUGGAUGAGGAGAACUGUGCGGCGAUCAGGACAGAGUCGUCCGGCCGCUGGCAGAACAGAGACUGCUCUGUAGCCCUUCCCUAUGUCUGUAAGAAGAGACCCAAUGCCACCCUGGACCCCUUCACCACCGACUCGUGGGCGGAUGAUGAGAAGUACGAGUGUGAUGUGGGCUGGCAGGCGUUCCAGGCAGGCUGCUACAGACUGACGUCAGAGAAGGUGGACUGGGACGCUGCUCAGAAAACCUGUCAGAAAAUGGAGGCCAACCUGGUCAGCCUCCACACCCUGCCUGAACUAGAGUUCAUCAUCAACAACAUCAAGCGAGAUGUGGAGGAGCUGUGGAUUGGUCUCCAUGACACGGCUAUGCAGAUGGACUUCCAGUGGACAGACCACACGCCCGUCAUCUUCACUUACUGGCAUCCCUUUGAGCCCAACAACUUCCAAAACACCCCAGAGGACUGUGUCACCAUCUGGGGACCCGAAGGCCGCUGGAAUGACAGUCCCUGUAACCAGACCCUGCCGUCUAUCUGUAAGAAAGCAGCCCAGAAGACUGACGGAGAGGCACAGGACCACGGGUGCAAACCAGGCUGGAGAUGGCACAGUCCGGCCUGCUACUGGGUGGGAGAGGAGCAGGUGACCUUCGAGGAGGGCAGGAAGGCCUGCGCUGGCAGCGGAGCAACCCUCAUCACCAUCACCAAUAGGUUUGAGCAGGCAUUUGUCAACAGUCUGGUGUUUGGCCGUUCUGGGGAUUCGUUCUGGAUAGCCCUGCUUGACCAGAAAAGCCCCGGGAAAUUCCGCUGGCUCAGCGGGGAUGAAGUGGCCUAUACCAACUGGAACAGAGACCAGCCAGGAGGAAACAUCAAAGGGGGCUGUGUAACCAUGGAGACGGGCUACGCCACAGGCCUAUGGGAGGUGAAGGACUGUGCGUCGGCCCGGGCCAAGUUCAUCUGUAGACUGAACCAGGACACGUCCCUCAGCCCUGAGCCCCCCAUCCCGCUCCCCACCCCCAGCCUCACUGGAUCCUGCCCCAACGGGUGGAAGACAAACGGCAAGCUGCACCACUGCUACAAGGUGUUCGACUCGGCCCAGAUGGACCAGAAGCUGAGCUGGCUGCAGGCCCACCUAGCCUGUCAGAGACACCAUGGAGCCAACCUGUUGAGUGUCAGUGGCCCAGAGGAGGAGCACUUCAUACUGCAGAUAUUACACGAAGCCUUUGGGGAGUCAGAGGACCAUGAGCAGCGCUGGUUCUGGAUCGGCCUGAACCGCAGGAACCCCAUGGACAACGGUAGCUGGAAGUGGAGCGAUGGACUGGCCUAUACAUACCAGAACUUUGGGCGUUACUACUACAACGUCCGUCAGUGUGCAGCAGCAGAUCUGGGCACCAUGACCUGGCUGGCCAUGCGCUGUGAGGCUGAACUGGACUGGAUCUGCAAGAUCCCCAAAGGAAAUGUUGAUAAGGAUCCAAACCCCACUGAAGCCCCCACUGCCAGUGAGUGGGUGGGCUUCCAGGAGGCAGAGUAUAAGUUCUUCGACCACCGGUCUACGUGGGACCAAGCCCAGAGGAUCUGCUCCUGGUUCGGUGCUUCUCUGGCUUCCAUCCACUCUUCUGCGGAGGAGGUUUUCCUUGCCAACACACUGCACAAGAUGACCAAGGUAGAGGGGGACCACUGGUGGGUGGGGCUUCAUACGUAUGAGAACGAUGGCCGUUUCCACUGGUCAGACCACUCUGUGCUCAACUAUGUGUCCUGGGCUCUCAGCAGGCCACACCCACUCAGCCGCGACCGCAAGUGUGUCCACAUGUCAGUCAGCAAAGCGGAGUGGGCAGAUCAGAAAUGCCACUCAGACUUGCCCUACAUCUGUAAGAGAGUGAAUGUCACAGGCACCAUCCCACCCACACCCUCCACCCCCCUGCCCCCCGCGGGCUGCCCUGAUGGCUGGGGCCCCUUCCUACACAAGUGUUAUAAGGUGUUUGGUCAUGAGGAGAGCCGGAGGGCCACAUGGUCAGGAGCCAGGCUCAUGUGUGAGUCACAGGGAGGAGCCUUGGCUGUGGUGCCCAAUCACGUGGAGCAAGCCUUUGUCACCACUCUGCUGUCCAACGUGAGUUUUGACCUGUGGGUGGGGCUCACGUCUGACUCUAAAGGCCACUUCCAAUGGGCUCGUCCUGGACUCCUCAGCUACACCAACUGGGCCUCUGGAGAACCCCUGGACAACAGUGGACCACUCCACAACAAGAGUCCGGGGAACUGUGUGGUGAUGAUCCAUGGGAACCCAACUAAAAAUACUGGCAUGUGGGCAUCCCGGGCCUGUGAGAUGGAGAAACAUGGCUACAUCUGCCAGAAGAAACAAGACCCAGCUCUGCCCCCUGGCGCUGCCCUCCUGCCCUCCUCCCUGUCCGGAGCCCUGGACCUGGGUGGGGUGUCGUACCGCAUAGUGAAGAAGCGUCUGGACUGGAUGGGGGCGCUGCAUGUGUGCGAGUCUCUGAACGGGACGUUGGCUUCAGUGAGAGACCCCUACCAACAGGCUUACCUCACCCUGCUGAUGAACAGCCUACACCUCCCAGCAUGGAUAGGCCUUUACAACUAUGGGGGACGGCACUUCAGCUGGUUGGGCGAGGAGGACCUGAUUUACACUGCCUGGCGGGAUGGGGAGCCUAAUACACUGUCUGGAUGUGGUCACAUGACCACGGUGGGGCAGUGGACUAUGACCCCCUGUGAUGCUAAACUGGAUGCUGUCAUCUGUCAGAUUAAUACAGAGGAGGCUUUGGUGCACAAGUGGAGUUUCCCAGGACAGUGCCCUCACUCUCUGGGCGACUGGGCCUGGGUGCCUUUCAGGAACCACUGCUACUCCUUCAACCUGCAGAGCCUCCGGCUGCAGACCGACGCCCACUCCUCCUGCAGGAAGGUGGGUGGCCAGCUGCUGUCGGUCCUGGAUGAAACAGAGAAUGGCUUUGUGUGGGAGCACAUCCAGGGCUACCAGGAGCAGGCCCACGGAGCCUGGCUGGGUAUGACCUUUAACUCCAAAGGGGGCAGUCUGAUGUGGUCUGAGAGUGCGGAGGUGAAGUUCACUAACUGGGAGGUGCAGGGCACCAACUUGAGCACGCUGUUUCCCAACGCCUGCUUCUGGAUCCAGAGCAACACAGGCCUUUGGAAACCAGGCUCCUGCAAGAACCACACACACGGAGUCAUCUGCAAACGGCCACGCAGUGCUGAGGCUUUGGCGGUAGUCUCUGAAGAGGACCACCUGCCCACUCUGAUUGUGAUCAUGGUGACGGGCCUGGCGUUGGUGAUCCUCAUCGCAGGCGUGAUCUACCUGUACCGCCGGCGCCAGGCAGGCUCCCGUGGAUCUUACGAGGGGGCGCGCUACAGCCGCACCAACUCCAACCCCUCCGAACAGGCCGAGAAGAACAUCCUGGUGUCUGACAUGGAGCUCAACGAACAGCCGGAGUAGCACAGCCAACCAGGCCUGGCCCCUCCCCCCAGGGCAGGAGACACCUGGGAGUACCUAAUACUGACUGACCCACUGUCUGACUGAUACGCAUUCUGCUUCUACAUUUUAUGUCCCUGUUCUGUUUGAAAAGAUGCUGAAGAUGCUGAAGGGCUGUGCUGUGUCGAGCGCAGCAGAUGCCAAUCAAAUUCCCUUUAAACAGUCAUUCUCCAAUGGGGUUAAUAAUAUGCAAAUUACAAUAUGAACUGCUUUUCUUAGUAGUAUAGCAAUAAUGUUUCUGAUGUCAGUUUCACAUUUCAUUUCAAACACUUCCUGUUUUUGGUCCCUAAGUCAAAAAGGCAGAUGCCAAAAGCCAAAGACUAAGGCUUUGCACCAGUCCUUCCUUUGUCAGGAGACUCAGUAUCAUCCAAAUAUCAACACAAUUUCCAUCGAGACCAUGACAGUAUUUACCUGAGGUUAACUUCAGGUUUGCUUUGUAUAUUUCCUUUUGGUUUGUUUGUGUGUUUUUUUGUCCAGUGCAGCUGUAGUGAAUCUGUAGCGAAUCCUCCUUCUAAUUCUGGUUGUUGUCGUGAAGCUUUUGUUGUUGCCCGACCCCUUCCCUCCCCCCCUUCUGUUCUGACUGACACGUCAGCAAAGGCUGGUUGGAAAGCAAUACUUACUUCAGUGUGGAAGAGAAGAGGACAGUGAUUUUUAGAGUGGUGAUUUUAGAGUGAUUUUAACGAGUCCCUGGCCUGUUCACCACAACUGCACAUACAGUAGGAGAGAGAGAGAGAGAGAAAUUUGACGUUGAUACAGACUGAUACCGUCUUUUGUUGUCUUGGUACAGUGUGAUGGGGUCGAUAAGGGUAUGACACCCAUUAUAUUUCAGUAUGUAACAUUCUAGAGGGUUUUAGAGGGUUUGUUUUAGCACUUUCUACCACCAUCAUGAGAAGAGCCAACAUUUAUUACUUAAAGUAACUGUCCAGUGUUUCCAGAUUUCUAUGAAAUAAGACCUAUAAUUAAUUACAAUAUGAGUGAAAUAGUUUUCCUUAAAAAUUUUAAAAAGCAGCUUUUCUGUGUUAGAAUGGUGUGGGCGUACCCCAACAACAGAAUGGUGUGGGAGUAUAUCGGUCAUUAAAAAUAUUCAUGCGAGUAGACCGCUGACCGCCAGCACAUCCUCCUUAGGAGGAUGAAAUCAUCUUCUAUGAGGAAGUAGCAAGCGUUUUUUAAACAGUCUGUUUGAGAUACAGGUUUGAGGUGGGGUUUUUGAAAUAUUUUUUCUCCAAUUCAUGCUUUGACCACAAAUACGAGUAUAGGAUAAGUCAACAACAUUACUUGGUUAUGGGUUAACAGAAGAAAAAAAGUGAGAUUUUCACUAGACAGUUACUUUUGUUUUUGUUGAUCUUGUCUCAUCGCUGCAUCUCCCCAACGGUCUCAGGAGGAGCGACGGUCAAGUCAUGCAGCCCUCCAAAAGAUGACCUGCCAAACCACACUUCUCAACACCCACCCGCCAGCUGCACUCUCCAACUAAUUACAGCAUGCAGGCACCCAGCCUGCCACAAGAGCACAAUGACUCAAAUAAAGCCCCCCGGCCAAACCCUCCCAGGACAACGUUGGGCCAAUUGUGCGCCGCCCUAUGGAACUCCAGGACAUGGACAGUUGUGACACAGGCUGGUAUUGAACCUGGGCCUGUCGUGGCACCUCAAGCACUGCAAUGCAGUGUCUUAGACCACUGUGCCACUCAGGAGACCUCUAGACAGUUACUUUAAGCAAAGGACAGUGCAUUCACUCCUUUCUUUAUGCGUUAUUACUAAGGUACUUUUCAAUUGUUUUUGUGUUAUUUCCUUCCUUUGACUUUUGGAUGGGUAACAUGGUGUAAAGUAUGUGAACGUCUGUGUUAGUCUCAUGACUGGUAUGGAUGGUUAGAUUUCCCAUGUUAAUGUCUGUGUUGGUGGUACGAUUACACACUGACCUGCAGCCAUGGAAAACAUACCCUAUAUAUACAAAGUAUGUGGACACCCAUUCAAAUGAUUGGAUUCGGCUAUUUCAGCCACACCCGUUGCUGACCGGUUUAUUAAAUCAAGCACACAGCCAUGCAAUCUCCAUAGUCAAACAUUAGCAGUAGAAGGCUGUUUCUGAAGAUCUCAGUGACUUUGAUGCCACCUUUCGUCAAAUUUCUUCCCUGCUAGAGCUGCCCCGGUCAACUGUAAGUGCUGUUAUUGGGAAGUGGAAACGUUUAGGAGCAACAACGGCUCAGCCGCGAAGUGGUAGGCCACACAAGCUCACAGAAUGGGACCGCAGAGUGCUGAAGCGCGUAGGGUGUAGAAAUCAUCUGUUGCAACACUCACUACUGAGUACCAAACUGUAACUGUAAGCAACAUCAGCACAAUAACUGUUUGUCAGGAGCUCCAUGAAAUGGGUUUCCAUGGCCGAGCAGCCACACACAAGCCUAAUAUCACCAUGCACAAUGCCAAGCGUAGGCUGUAGUGGUGUAAAGCUCUCCGGCAUUGGAGCAGUGGAAAUGCAUUCUCUGGAGUGAUGAAUCACGCUUUACCAUCUGACAGUCCGAUGGACAAAUCUGGGCUUUGGUGGACGCCAGCAAAAUGCUACCUACCCGAAUGCAUAGUGCCAGCAAUAAAGUUUGGUGGAGAAGGACUAAUGGUCUGGGGCUGUUUUUCAUGGUUCUGGCUAGGCCCCUUAGCUCCAGUGAAGGGGAAUCCUAAUUCUUAAUGCUUAAUGUAUUCAAUGACAUUCUAGAUGAUUCUGUGCUUCCAACUUUGUGGCAACAGCUUGGGGAAGGCCCUUUCCUGUUUCAACAUGACAAUGCCCUUGUGCACAAAGCGAGGUCCUCACCUCAACCCCAUCAAACAACUUUGGGAUGAAUUGGAACGCCGACUGCUAGCCAGGCUUAAUCGCCCAACAUCAGUGCUCAACCUCAAUAAUGCUCUUGUGGCUGAAUGGAAGUCCCAACAUAUAGUGUACAGCCUUCCCAGAAGAGUGGAGGCUGUUAUAACAGCAAAGGGUGGACCAACUCCAUAUUGAUACCCAUGAUUUUGGAACGAGAUGUUCGAUGAACAGGUGUCCACAAACUUUUGGUCAUGUCAUGGAACUUAGGUCACUUGUAGGUCAUUCACUUGAAAGUGACACAUCUGACAUGAGUUGACAUGUACGAUACCAGUCAAAAGUUUGUACACACCUACUCAUUCCAGGGUUUUUCUUUAUUUUAACUUUUUUCUACAUUGUAGAAUAAUAGUGAAGACAUCAAAACUAUGAAAUAACAUACAUGGAAUCAUGUAGUAACCAAAAAAGUGUUUAAAAAAUAAAUAAUAAUAUGUGCACACUCUUGGAAUUCUCUCAACCAGCUUCACAUGGAAUGCAUUUCCAACAGUCUUGAAGGAGUACCCACAUAUGCUGAUCACUUGUUGGCUGUUUUUCCUUCAAUCUGUGGUCCAACUCUUCCCAAACCAUCUCAAUUGGGUUGAGGUCAGGUGAUUGUGGAGGCCAGGUCAUCUGAUGCAGCACCCCAUCACUCUCCUUGGUCAAAUAGACCUUACACAGCACGGAGGUGUGUUGACCAACAGGACACUUUUUGGUUACUACAUGAUUCUAUAUGUGUAAUUUCACUGUUUUGAUGUCUUGACUAUUAUUUUACAAUGUAGAAAAUAGUAAUUAAAUUUUUUUUUAAAUACCCUUGAAUGAAUAUGUAGUAUUACAGUUCUGGAUGUUGUGACAAACUUGUUGUCAUUUGUAUGUGGUAUGUUCCACAAGGUACUAGAGAACCUUACUUAAGGGGUACCCUCUAUAUCAAUGCAAAAUACAGCUAGGAAAACCAAAGAACUAGUUUGAAAAGGGAAAGAAUCCACCACAUACUUCAAAUAUUUAGAAAUAGAAAGAUCAACUGAUCCAUCUUAUUUCCCCUUGUCGUUUCUUAACCUUGUGUAGUACAUUAUUGGGGGGAGGAAAGUAAGGUUUCUAACAAAGCACAACUAGAUUCAAUGCAGGGAAUCAACCCAAACCCUAACUUCUGGGUUCCCAUUUGAAUAGGAGGCAAAAACAGAUGUUUUCUCCCCCCACAUAACAUUCCUCUUCCUACAGUUCCCUCCUUCUCAUGACCGGAUUUCUGUCCUCCUGAUCCGUGGAAUUCUUUGGAGACGUUUGAGAUAGAAACUCUCGGUGGGCCAGUGAGCCACGCUUCGAAACCAGCUCUUUUCUGCUCUGUCAACCAGACAAAUGGGGCUGAGGAGAGAUGGGGGGAGGGAAGAUGGAAGGAGAGGGGGGGGGGGAUCGUGUGUGUGUGUGUGUUGUCAUCUCCAACUGUGGAAUGUUGAGUCGACAAGAAGAACUCAGUGGCAGGUCUGGAACCAAUCAGAGCAAAAGGGCUCAGGGCCGAAAGAGAAGGGUGAGAGAAUGGGAGAAAUGGGGGGGAAGAAUGGAGGGAGAGAAAGAGACAGGCACAGGCACGUAUGGGGAAAGAAAGGGUCAGGGAGAGAGGAAUGGAGAUGAGAGAAGUGAAAUGUCAUCGGUUCACCCUGCCUCCUAGUGGAGGGUUGCUGUAGCACCCUGCUUCCAAAUGACUGCCGAACUGGUUGUAAUAAAUUUGAGCUGCCUACCAAGUUGGAGUUGCCUACAAUGUGACGAUGUAUGAGUCUGGCCCUGAUGUUCUGCCUUGUCUGGGACUGACUGUGUGACUGUGGUGGGCUUUUAAAAUUUGAGUCCCUGUGAAGAAAGGUUCAAGUAAGCACCUGUUUUGAUUUUUAAAAUAUUUGUUGUUUUUAUAUGAAAUGAAUAAAAUAUAUGUUGGCUAAA